AAUAAAUAAAUAAAUAAAUACUAAUGUAACACAAUGAAUGUAAAUAAUUUUAAAUCUACAUUGGAAUUUACUACUUACUUUACUUGUUAACCUAAGCAUAACUUUUUAUUGUGCAGUGUUUUUUAAGCAUCAUCCGAAUUCAAGUUUGGUUUUACCCACCAACAAGCAGAACUAUUUGAUAUGAACGCGCCGCUGCUCCGCCCCCGAUACACGCAUUGCUGGCUACCAUAAACGUCACAGUCAGUCACUGAGCCUCACGGAGAACACAUGCUGUCUGCAGUAAGCUUGACCCGCGCGUUUUCGUCUUCCGACACUCUUUAAUACUUCUCAAAGAGGCGAAGAAGGUAAGAAAUAACUUAACUAUAGUCGUGCAUAUAAUAAUAUAAAUGAGUAUUUACUUGGCUUCAUAAGGCUAGCUAGCUAGCUAAGUAAACUAGCUUAGGUAUCAGCGCAUUUUGGCCACGUGUGUCAAGUGUGAGCAGUAGUAGGCCUAUAAAGUAAAUGUAUUCCUUUAUGAUAAACGAUUUUUUUCCCACAUAAUAAUUAGGCAUUUCUUGUUGUGCCAAGUUGCUUACGGAGGACACCAUUACAUUUUUACUUAUAUGAAAUGAUUAUGUGUUGUUUUUUUUACAUAAAAUGAAUCGGUAUGAAUUAAUGACACAUUUAAGUAAUUAUUUAAUGGUUUAUUUAUUUAUUUUAUUUUGGCAGCUUUAGUCCUCCUUCACUAACUUAAAACGUCUUGUGCUGUAUUUUUUCCCGCUGGCUGCAGGUGCCGCUUCUACAGCGAGCCACGCUUCAGAAGCACUUCGGCAGUCUUGUUUUUUUCCACUGUUUUCAGUCUUUGAUACUUCCCAAAGAGGCGAAGAAGGUGCCGCUUCUACAGCGAGCCACCCUCCAGAAACCUUGAAGGACAAAGAGUUUGUCGACCACGACUUUCAUCAUGGAUGGAUGGGUGGGUGACGUAACCAUCCCUCAGCUCAUUCUUUAAAGAAGAAGAUUCUAUAGCACAAGUAGUGGAGGUGCUCAAAAACAUUGGCGUCUGUUCAGCUGAGGACCUAAAAUUUGUGGAGGCAGCUGACCUUGCAGCAGUCCUGAGGCCAAUAGAGGCCAGGAAAGCCAUGGCCUGCAUUAAAAAUUUAGUGACUAGAGUAGAGGAUACAUCCUCCUCAAUAUCUACCAGCCAGAUUGUUGAACCCAACAACGAAGAAUCAUUUGUGAGUGACGACAUGAGUGAUGAUUUUCCCAUGAGUGUUCACUCCACACCGAAAUCCACUGCUACAAGCAGUCCAGCUUUGACCAUAGCCUCACCUACUGGAUCAGAGAGCAGUGUCAGAGAAGAUACUAGCUGGCAUUACAGGUUUGACAUACCCUGGAGUAAGAUGCCCUCCAGCACAAGACAACUUUUAGAUAAUGGUAAGAGGCCUUCUGCAGCACAGAGAAGGGACAUUAUUAGGAUUGUGGCUAGUGAGGUGCUAACUGUGUGCAAAAAACCUGGCAAGAAACACAUUAAUGAAAUUUCAAGAAAGAUGGUACUUUGCUACCCAAAAUCCUACCGAGAUGAGAUUGAGGGUCAGAUUGUCGGCACUGGGUAUGACUCACUUGUAAAACAGUUAAUAUCUCGGCUAGAUAAUUGCAGACGACUCCAAGCUUCUACUGCCCAGAAAAGGUUUCCUGAAAGUUGCAGCCCUGACAAUGUAAAGAGAGUGUGCAAAGAUGCAUAUGGCUGUAUUAACUCUGAGCCAGUGCUUUCUCCUGGUGAAACAAAACUGCAAAAGCAAAAACAAGAAGAGCUGGUUAAGAUGUUCAAAAACAAAGACAAAGAUGCAAAAAAAAUAGAAAGACUGAUGGUGGAGACUUUUCCCUCACAGAGGAGAGACGUACUGUCAGCACUGAAAGAGACGGAAGACUUUCUUAAGGAAUGGCCUUUCCUCUGCCAGGAAGCUGGAAUGAGGCUUCAUUUCAAAGAACUAACAGGUGUCCAGUUAGAUGCCAGCUUUGAAGAGUCCACAGCCACCAAGUUCAGAAGAAUCCUGCGGUACUUUCAGUUUGGUAAAACUGAGUCAUCCAGCGAAGCAAGAACCAUUCUGAGCAAAGCCCUGGCAGGAGGUGAAGAAACUAGUGCAGCUGUACUGAUGCUUGUUGCCCAUUUCAAAGAGCAGCAAGAUAAGAUGUUUGUAAAUGUUGAUGACACUGCCAUUGGAGUUGACGUGGACACCACCAAGCUACCAUGGACACCCUGCAUUGUUGGCACUGCGGUAGGAGUGCCAACAUUUUUUUUUCAUCUGUUCACUGAAAUACUUAUUUUAACAUUUUAUGUCUACAGUGGUAAUGGUGUACUGUACACUGCAAAAAAACAUUUUUAUAGAUGACAAAAUCAUGUUUUUUGCUACCUUGCUUUCAUUUUUUUUUACUUGGUAUAGUUUUUCUUUUGCAGUUUAGACACAAUGUGGGCUAUUCAAGAAUGAAGUCAACUAAGCAGUGUACUGAACACAGCUCCUGGCUUACUUAACCUCAUUGGAUCCAUAUACAUUAAGCAAGCUAUUUACUCACUAUGGAACAUAUUGUUCUUGCUCUGUUCACAGGUAACAGCCCACUUACUGCCAAGAUGUUCAUGGUUGCAGUGGACCAGGUCAUUGUGAAUGAGCAGCUUCCCUGCUUCACCAAGGCGUUAGAGAUGAUGUUCUGCUCAUAUUAUCUGCACAACAUUGAUUAUCCUGUUGCACUCGCAGCUACUCUGGAGUUCUUACAGAGGUACACUUUCAGUAUGCAUUACACAUUGCUUUUAAGGUAGUUUUGCUACCUAGGUAGGUUGCUCCUUUCCUAGCUCCACUCUGCUCCUUUCCUCUUACCUCUCUCUGCUCCUCUUCACUCCUCUCACUGCUCCUUUCCUCUCUUUCCUUUCCUCUUUUGUGACACUUCUUGAUGUGAAAACCUUUUAGACAUUUUAGGUAAGACAUCAGCUUUCCCUGACACCUACUAUUGUAUCUGUGAAACUUUUAUUUUAUUUGUGAAAAUGCUAAUGGGGAGAUUUCACCGUUUUUGUUUUACACCAAGACCUCAUUAGACCAGGUCCAGAUCAAAAACCACUGUGCCUAGACCUCUCAAAUCUGGACUGGAUUAAUGUGCAGACCCUUAACUUUGCCCUUAAGUGCCGAAUCGUAGGCUGGCGAAUCAGAAGCUAACUUCAGCGUAGUCUUCGAGACUAAAGUCUUAGCUGUGUCAGUUUCUGACUGUUCCGUCGAGCCAGAGGCCAUUGCGCAACAGGGUAAAGGGCAACAUGAAAAGUUGAUGCAGCCGAGUUCUCCACUCUUUCGCUCGCAUCACGUGCAUGUCCUUACUAUGGUGGACACAGAAAAUCAGCUCAAAUUGGGUUACACUCUAUGUCCUGCUUCCCUUAUUGUCAGUCCAUGGACAAGAACAUGGUCUAUGGUUGUUGCUUGAAUUUCAUUGGAUAUUUCCACUCUUUGUCUUCCUCUUCGUCUUCCUCUUCUUCUUUCUUGUCUCCUCUUCCUCCUCCUUCCGUCCUCUCACAUAGUUUCUUCUAUCCAUUCUCAGACUCUCAUUCCCACCUUCAACAACCUGUUUGCUCUCUGAAUUGGCUUAUAUUGGUUGUGUCACAUCAUUUGAAACAAGUGAAAUCAAUUUUGAGUGGUUGUGUUUAAUCAAUGACAGUUUGCUCUACUUGUAUUUACAAAUUUAGAUGACGUGCGUUAGAGUGCAAAAUGUGUUUUGAGAAUGUGUUCAGAGUUUUGCUGAAAAGUGUAAGUGAGAUCUGC